AGCGCCGGAAGUUAAAACAAUCCACUUGCUUUUGUUGCCACGUUCUCUGCAUUUCAAAUGUCUAAUUAAUUCAAAGUAUGACUUUCUUCCGUGGAACACAAAAGAACAUAUUCAGUCAUGUUCAGACAUCAGUCAUCAUUCACUUUCGUUCUAUGGAAAAAAAUGAAAGGUCACACAAGUUUGGAACAACUUAAGGGUUUGAUAUCAUGUCGAAGGUCCCUGUGGGUAAAGUACUGCUUCGAAAUGUCAUCAGACAUACAGAUGCCCAUAACAAGAUUCAAGAGGAGAGUGAGAUGUGGAAGCUGAGGGAUCUUGAACGACAAGCCUCAUCCACACAUUUCCCAAAGCACAGGGGCCGAAUGCAUUGUGACAGUCAUUUAGACUCUGAGGGGUCCACACAAGACAGACUUGGUGAAAGGUUGUCUGAGAGGGAUGAGGAGUCCAGAUACUGGACACGAAAACUUUAUGAAUUUGAAGCAAAAGAUCCUGACAGGUGGGGACAUAGUGGUUUUAAGGAACUUUAUCCAGAGGAGUUUCAGUCUGAUGGAGAGAAAGACUGCAGUGAUAGUAAACACAGAAGGAAAAAGCACAAGAACAAACUAGAUGCUGACGUGGAGAAGAAUGCCAAAAAAUCGUCUAAGAAGAAGAAAAAGAAAAAAGAGAAAAAGAGGAGGAGGAAUGUGGGAUCAGGCCCUGAGUCUGGCAGUGAUGCGGAGGACAGCGUGAGGAGGAAACAGAGGAGGAAGGGGGGCAAAAGGAAACGUAGAAAAAAGGAACACAAAAGCAAAGAGAGAACAGAGGACAGCAGCACGGAGGACAGCCAAUCAGACAGUGCGGCAGGAAAACGGACAAAAACACACAGAAAAAGAGAUGGCACUAAAACAGACACACUGAGCGAGCCUCAAAGGAAGAAGCGGAAAAACUGGAGAGUGGCAAACGAGGAGAGAUCAGAGGAGAGCUCUGACGCUUGAGUUUUAUUUUUAUCUACCUGACUAAGUUGACUGAUGUGUGUUUGGACACCCUUUUAAUUGCUAAAAGGGAAAGUUCACCCAAAAAUGAAAAUUCUGUCAUCAUUUAAUCACCUUCAUGUCAUUCCAAUCCAAACCCGUACAGCUUCCGUUUCUUCGUGGAACACGAAAACUGAUGUUAGGCAGAAUGUUAAGUGACAGUCUCAGUCACCAUUCAAUUCCAUAAAAAUAUGCAAUGGAAGUGAAUGGUUACUUAGGCUGUUAGUCUCUAACAUUCUGCCUAUAAUCUCCUUUUGUGUUCCACAGAAGAAAGGAAGUCAUACUGGUUUGGAACAACAUGUGGUUGAGUUAAAGGAAUGGUUUACCCAAAAAUUAAAAUCCUCAUGCCAUCCCAGAUGUGUAUGACUUUCUUACUUCUGCAGAACACAAAUUAAGAUUUUUAGAAGAAUAUCUCAGUGCUGUAGGUACUUACAAUGCAAGUGAAUAAAUACCAAAAUCCAUAAGCACACAAAGGCAUCAUAAAAGUAAUCCAUAUGAAUCCAGUGGUUAAAUUCAUAUCUUCAGAAGCAAUGUGAUAGGUGUGGGUGAGAAACAUUGUUUUUCAAUGUUUAAGUACUUUUUUUUUUUUAUUUUUUUUUUUUACUAGAAAUCUCCACUUUCACUUUCACAUUCUGUUGUUCUUGGCGAUUCGCAUUCUUUGUGCAUAUCGCCCCCUACUGAGUAGGGAGGAGAAUUUAUAGUAAAAAAAGAAAAGAAAAAGAACUUAAAAAUUUAUCUGCUUCUCACCCACAUCUAUACUUCUGAAGAUAUGGAUUUAACCACUUGAGUCGUAUGGAUUACAUUUAUGCUGCCUUUAUGUGCUUUUUGGAGCUUCAGAAUGUUGGUCACCAUUCAUUUGCAUUAUGAGGACCUAAAGAGCUGAAAUAU